GGCUAACACCUCAAGGAAUUGUUAUAGGAACUCUUUUGGGAAUGGUGCUUCAUGUAAGAUUUAGUCCAGAUGAUCGACAAGUGGCAGUAUGUGCUGGAAAUCGGAUCUACAUGUUAAGUGCAAAGGAUGAAGCUAUACUAGCUGAAUUGGAUGGCCACCUGGCUCCAGUGACUGCUGCUGAGUUUUGCACAUGGGAGAAAAGUAUGCUUAUAUCAGUGUCAGAAGACAGAACCUUUAAGGUGUGGGACUAUUCUUCCGGCCAGUUAAUUUAUCAGUCAGGAGUAUUAACAGCAGCAUUUCCUUUGCUAAGUUUGCUAAUUGAUGAAGAAAAUAAACAGAUUAUCACUGGAUCUGCUGAGGGACAGCUUUGGAUCUUCAGUUUAAUCAGUGAUCAUAAUUACCGUUGCGUGGCACAUAUCAACUUAAAGAAAGAGCAGGAGAAAUUCUAUAAUAAAGUCUGGAAAUCUGGAAAAGAAACAGGUGAAGGGCAAAAUACUUCCAAGCUUUGCAAAACAAAGAACAUGAGACCAGAAGGAUCAGUGGAAACAUCAUUGCCUAUCCUCUUAAUUGAACACUGUGACUUUUUAGUACGUUUCCAUAAAGAAGAAAACAUAUCUUCUGCCCUGAAUACUAGCUAUUUUUGGAUAGGAAGCUCUACUGGCUUUUUAAUAAUUAAUUUGGCAAACUUUGAAUUAGAAGCUUUUUUAUCUUUCGGAGAUUACAGUGACCUCAGCAUUCGUUUUGCCGGAUUGUGUGCAUUAGCAAGGAAGGCAGUUAAUGGAAAGGUUUUAUGCUUGAUUGCCUCAAUGUUUGAAGAUAUGAUUGCUGUGUUGGAAGUUAACAUUGCUGCACUGAUGAGAACUCAGCAGAGUGAUUUUCUGUGUCGAAACAAGAAUAGUCUAUCAGUUGUUGCCAGGUGUUCUUUAUUGACAAAUUCUCCAUUGUGUAAAGUUUUAAAGAAAACCAUGAAAGAACCUUCUACUAAAACACUUAGAGUGAAAAGCAUGGUGAAAGAUCAGCCAUUAGUUUUCCAUAAUAAAAUUAAGUCAUCAGGUUAUACAGCAGCACCACAAAUGACCAUGUUUUCUCCAAAUAUUCUGAAGAAAAAUGGGCUAUCAAAGUGGAAGACCAGUUGUAAACGUACAAAUAAAGAAUAUCCCUUGGAAAGUUCUCCUCCAAUCAAAUAUGAGAAAGAGAUAUCUGUUACUUGUAAACCAACCCCAAUAUAUUGCAUUCAGUAUUCUGGGGAUGGAGAGAUGCUGGCUUGUGGCCUGGCUGACAAGACUGUACUGGUAUUCAAUUCCAAUCUCACUGAUACAUAUAAUGUUUUUUCAGGUCAUGAUGGUGCAAUUAACUCUCUUGGCUGGAGUCACGACAAGAAGUGGUUAGUUUCUGCAUCAGAAGACAGAACUUUAAGGGUCUGGUCAGUCUGCAAUAAUGAACCUGCCCUAAUUCUGGGCAAAGAGAAGUUCCAUAAGAAUGUACGCUUUGCACAGUUUUAUUUUAUAGAUGCAUUUAUAUUACUGUGUUGUGGAGCUGAAUUUCAUCUAUUAAGUUUCCACCUAGACACAACCAAGGAUGACCUCAAACGAUACAAACAGAGAAGUGUUUGCAAAUUGGUACAGAAAUUUCCCAUGGCUUCAACAAUGGAGAUUACCAGCCUCUCAGCAGUCAAUGAUUUCUACUCUUAUAUUGUACUUACAGCUGGCAGCAACCGAGCAUUGGAAGUUUUUGACCUCAAUGCAGGCUGCAGCACAGCAGUGAUACCAGAAGUUCAUACUAGAUCAGUCCAUCAGAUCUGCCAAAAUAAGGGGUCAUCAUUCAGCACUCAGCAACCUGAAGCUUACAAUCUUUUCAUGACCACAGCUGCAGGUGAUGGCGUCAAACUGUGGGAUUUAAGAACACUGAGGUGUGAACGUCGUUUUGAAGGGCACAGUAACCGCUGCUACCCAUGUGGAAUUGCAGUAUCUCCUUGUGGACAGUUUAUAGCCAGUGGAUCAGAUGACAAAUGUGCUUACAUAUAUGAAAUGCGUUCAAGCACUUUUUCACAUAAACUGGGGGGACACACAGAAUCUGUCAUCAAUGUGACUUUUAGUCCCUCAUCUCCACAGGGACAUUUGCACAAAAAGGAGCUUUAUUGUCAAGAAUUCCCAUUCCCUUCAUUUGAUGUCAUGUUUUACUUCUGGCAUCAAGAAUAA